GGUACUUGAUUGGACACCAAGACAAAUCAUUUCCUGUAAAGAAGAGGAAGCAGGCAGCAGGGAGGUCUGGAGGCCGGAGUGUGGUGGUGGCCAGGGCCAGCUUGGUGGUGGGACAGUCAGCAAGAGAGAGGCAAGGCUCAGGAACACGCAGGACAAUGACUCAUUUACAAGCGGGUCUCUCUCCUGAGACCCUGGAGAAAGCCCGCCUGGAGCUCAACGAGAAUCCUGACACGCUGCACCAGGACAUCCAGGAGGUGAGGGACAUGGUCAUCACUAGGCCGGACAUUGGCUUUCUCCGCACAGAUGAUGCCUUCAUCUUACGCUUCUUGCGGGCUAGGAAGUUUCAUCACUUUGAGGCCUUCCGCCUCCUGGCCCAAUACUUUGAGUACCGGCAGCAGAACCUGGACAUGUUCAAAAGCUUCAAGGCCACUGACCCUGGCAUCAAGCAGGCACUGAAGGAUGGUUUCCCAGGGGGCCUGGCCAAUCUGGACCACUAUGGCAGGAAGAUUCUAGUCCUUUUCGCUGCCAACUGGGAUCAGAGCAGGUACACGCUGGUGGAUAUUUUGCGUGCCAUCUUACUUUCUUUAGAAGCCAUGAUUGAAGAUCCUGAGCUUCAGGUGAAUGGAUUUGUUUUGAUCAUAGACUGGAGUAACUUCACCUUCAAGCAAGCUUCUAAACUGACGCCAAGCAUGCUGCGCUUGGCUAUCGAAGGCCUUCAGGAUAGUUUCCCAGCACGAUUUGGAGGAAUUCAUUUCGUUAACCAACCAUGGUACAUCCAUGCCCUGUACACCGUGAUCCGGCCUUUCCUGAAGGAGAAGACUCGGAAAAGGAUAUUUUUGCAUGGUAACAACCUGAACAGUCUACACCAACUAAUUCAUCCUGAGAUUCUGCCCUCUGAGUUUGGAGGAAUGCUUCCCCCUUAUGACAUGGGAACCUGGGCAAGAACACUGCUGGACCACGAGUAUGAUGAUGACAGUGAAUACAAUGUGGACUCCUAUAGCAUGCCUGUCAAGGAGGUAGAGAAGGAACUCUCCCCCAAGUCCAUGAAGAGAUCCCAAUCAGUCGUGGAUCCUACAGUGCUAAAACGCAUGGAUAAAAAUGAAGAAGAAAACAUGCAACCUUUGCUGUCUCUGGACUGAUAGCUUCUCUACCC